AUGGCGGAUCCGAGGGAUGUUGAGUAUGAAGAAUUCGAUGGAGCUUCCCCCACCGAGCAACUCAUCCACGCAGCCCGCGGUAACAACAUCGACCUGAUGCAGGACAUACUCGGCGACUGUAAGAGUGAAGAAGCCGCCGCCGAACUCCUCAACAACGCCAAAGAUAAAAGCGGAAGAUAUGUUUAUCACAUUGCUGCUGGUCAGGGACUCUACGACAUGAUCGACUGGCUCCUUCGUCAAGAAGGAUUCGAAUGCGACCCCGUCUCCCGCGCCCCAGGCGAAGAAGCUGGCGAUACCCCUCUCCAUUCCGCUGUCCGCUUCAUCAACGACCUCCGACCCACCCCCACAAACUUAGCUGCUGGUAAAGAGCUAGUCGAACUGAUGCUCGAAGCCGGCAGCGAGAAAGACAUUAAAAAUAGGCAAGGCAUUACACCUAUAACAUUAGUUGCUCCGCAGAAUCCGGAACUGAAGGAUUUUAUCAAGGGUUAUGCGUUUGAGGAUGAGGAUGAGGAAGAGGAAACUGAUCCUGCGCCUGGAAAACUGGAUUCGAAUUAUUUGGAUUAUGAUGAGGUGGCCGAGGGGGAUGAUGAUGAUGUGAGGAGCGUGUACAGUGGAAGUGACAGUGAUGAUGAAAAGGAGUUUAGAAGACUUAAAGAAGAGAAGGCAAAAAGAGCGGCUAAUUAG